UCAAUCUGCAAUUCAUAACUCAUAAUAAUUUUUCAAAAAAAAAAAACCCUUGUAAGAAAAAAAAAAUGGAAAAAAAACUCAAUCUGCUGAUUUUACUAUGUCUUUCUGUGGUGUCGAAUGCACAAGACUUCGAUUUCUUCUACUUUGUUCAGCAGUGGCCUGGAUCUUACUGUGACACAAAGCAAAGUUGUUGCUAUCCGACGACAGGGAAGCCGCCUUCCGAUUUCGGGAUCCAUGGACUUUGGCCUAAUUACAAAGACGGCUCUUACCCUUCAAAUUGUGAUCCUAGUAAUUCUUAUGAUCAAUCAAAGAUUUCGGACUUGAUAAGCAAAAUGCAAGAAAAUUGGGCUACACUUGCUUGCCCUAGCAAUAGUGGGUCGACUUUUUGGUCGCACGAGUGGGACAAACACGGUACAUGCUCCGAAUCUGUACUAGACCAACACAGCUACUUUGGAACCGCACUCAACCUCAAGUCGAAACUCGACCUUCUCCAAAUUCUUCAAAGUGCAGGGAUAAAUCCAGACGGGAGUUUGUACAGCUUGAGCACCAUAAGAAGUACUAUAAGUAAUGCAAUUGGUUACACACCAUGGAUUCAAUGUAAUGUGGAUGAACAAGGGAACAGUCAGUUGUACCAGGUUUAUGUUUGUGUCGACAAUUCGGGUUCGAAUUUAAUCGAAUGCCCUGUUUUUCCCAAUGGGAAAUGUGGCUCUAGUAUCGAGUUUCCGUCGUUUUAGAAACUUUGGGGGAUUCUAUUUUUAUUAUUUGGAAUCUUAGUAAGAAAUUUGUUUUUGCUAUUUUAAUUAUGUGUUUGUACUUUCCUACUGCAUAAAUUGUAAUAAAAGACAAUCUUCUCGUAUGGUUUGUAUGUACAUUUGUAAUUUCUUUAAAAUAAAUUGGGAAAAUUACAGUUUUGCCCCUCAA